AUGAAAGAGGCCUUCCGUUUGGCAGACAAGGACUGUAGCGGUGAGAUCGACGCGGACGAAGUGGCAGACAUGCUGGAGACCAUCGUCGCCCAGUCUGGCACGGUCAAGCAAGGCGAGAUCCACAAAUACGUCGAGGAAUUCAUGCGUGUGGUGGACAAGGAUAACAGCGGCCUGGUGUCGUUCGAAGAGCUCAUCGAGGCGCUGGAGAACGGCCUCACGCUCGAGGUGGAGGUGUACACGCAACGUAAACUCAAGGCCUCGGCUCUGGUAGCCAGACCGGAGCAUGUGCUGGCAGCUAUCAAUGAGAACGAGGACGACGCGGGAGAUGCGAGCGAGAACGACGAGCCGAAGGAAGCGAAUAGAGUCUCGUCGGCUGCGUCAUCGGAUCCUGCCAUGUGUCGCGAGCACGACGUUCUAAAUGUGAAGGAAUUCUCCAGUAGCGACAUCGCGGCGCAGAUGAAGACUGCGUACGUGGAAUGGCCACUGGAAGAACGUCGCGACGAGAAGGUGUCGAUGGAGGAGCUCUUACUACUCAACUGUCUCGUCAGUGGGGCGGAGGGUAUUGCCAAGAGUCUCACAGAGAUGGCCGAGAUCGUCGUUGCGUCCUGA